AAUUGAAAAAAAAUCAAGAUGAAUAAUUUCUUAUACUUUUUUGUAAUUUUAAUUAGUAGUAUUAACGCUUUGCCCGCUGGGGAUUACAAUUUUUUUAAUUAUUUAUACGAUGAUUUUGGUGAGAAUAGCAUCGAUGGGGUUGAAACAAUCGAUGUGUCGAGCUUAGGACCUGAGGCAUACGGACUACCGAGGAAUGAGAGCGGGGACGCAUUAUCCCAGUGGUCAGAAUCAUCUCUCAUGAACCCUGAGGAGGUCGGAGAUUACGCAGAGGGCGAUAUCUUGAUGCCUCCACAGCAGGGCAGGAAUGGUGUCAGGAAUGAAGUGUUGCGUUGGCCAAAAGGACAUAUUCCUUAUGUUAUCGAAGGAUACUUCAACUCAGAACAGCGUGAAACUAUAAUGAGGGCGAUAGCAGACUACCAUAGACUGACGUGCUUACGAUUUGUCCCGUACAAUGGACAGAAGGACUACAUCACUAUUCAGAGCAAAAAUACUGGAUGCUGGUCUAGUGUUGGACGCGUUGGUGGUCGUCAAGAAGUGAACCUUCAGAAUCCUGGAUGCGUCUCCAAAAAAGGCACGGUGCUGCAUGAGCUGCUGCACGCCAUUGGGUUCAUGCACGAGCAGAGCCGACCUGAACGUGAUGAUUUCAUUAGCGUGCGGUACAACAACAUUAAGCCAGGUGCUGAGAACAACUUCAGGAAGUCUACAGUCAAGCAAACCAAUGACUUCAAUGUGCCCUAUGACUACAACAGCGUGAUGCAUUACUCUGAGUACGCCUUCUCCAAGAACCAACAGAAGACCAUUGAACCCAAGGUUGGUGGUGUGAAAUUAGGACAACGUGAAGGUCUUAGCCGCGGAGACGUCAGGAAAAUUAACAACAUGUACAACUGCAAGAAAGAGGAGCCCCAGACUGGUUGGCUAGGAGGAGUGUUCCAAAACAUAUUCGGAGCGAAAACACGUUAAUUUAUGAUUGUUUUAAUUUAUAAAUAGCACUCGAAUAACUAUUGAAUUCACAAAGAUCUGAUAGAUGUAAGUUUUCUAGUCUUUACCUGUUUGUAUGAAAUAAAAU